GCCGCGCCCCAGCCAGUCCCCUGACGUGCUCUGUUUGAUGACGUCGCGCUGGGCGAAGCCGACGACGCUCUUAGCAACAAGCUAAGAAACCAUUACGAGACGGAACGCGCAUCCAAAACACUCAGACCAUUCGUGAGAAAACUUGUUUGACAUGUCGGAAAGUGUUUGGAAGGGAGCAUGAGUUCAUUUGACCUUGUUUUUAGAAUGAAAGCAAGUUAGGUUUGUACUAUCCGGGAAAGAGGAAACGCUAGCCUGAGCUUUAGUGUGCUCUGGCUGGGAUGACUCUUCUGUUCAAACCAACAACACGAAAUUCAAGAGAGGGGAAGAGUGGAGGUGGUCGACAUCGGUUUAAUGUUUGGACUCAAGCUCAUUGUGCUUUAGGGAGACAGUUUGUUUCGACGGAAACGCUUUUUUGUCCCCUUCAACUUUGAUUCUUCUUCAUCAUCAUCAUCAUCAUCGAGGACGAGCGCUUCUCACCCACCAUUAUUUGGUUUCUUCUGAUGCAGUUGUGAAGUUAUGCACAUCUAGCUCCAGUAUCUAUUAGUUGGGACCUUCUUGUUGCAAAUACAGAUACCUCUGUUACUUCUUCUCCAGACUUGCAAUACAGGUGGUCAAAUUGAUAAGCCUCAUGAAAACAGCUUAAAGGGGAUCAUGCCUGAACCCUGCAGCACUGUGAAGUCGUCUAUCUAGCAUCUGAACAUCUGACAAGCUUCUCCUCGGAUAUGAGACUAGACGGACACUGAAUUGCUGUUUUGGAUGGAUCUUGCUUUAGUGAAAACAUUUUUCAGAGGAAAAAUAAAUAUUUGAUGUUGACUGCAUGCAACCAUGAUGAUAUUGAGCAGAAAACCAGAUGGCCCCAUAACUGCAGCUCGCCACGGGGACAGUCUGUAUGACUCCUACAUGCGCACCGAUCACAUUGUGAACCAGGACGCUGAUGUGAAUGGACAGAGUCCCUCUGGACUUCCCCCUCUCCCAAAACGCACUGGUGUGAACAAGCCUACAAUAAAGGAUCACCAAGCAGUCCGCGGAGGACAGAAGGUGAAGUAUUUUUAUGAGGACACCUACAACCGCAAACUCAAUGGUGUGAGCCAGCACAAUGGCACAAGCCAAGUACCAGCUAAGCCCCAACCUGCAAUCUCCAAAGACAGAAGUGUGGACAGCAACUGCUCUGUCAAGUCAUCCGAGAGCUCAACAAAAGUCACAAAGCUGGGCAGCCCAAUGACCCCAGAACAAGCUCUCAAGCAAUACCGGCAGCAACUGACUACCUUGGAGCAGCAGGAGAUCCACAACUAUCCUGAGAUUUAUUUCCUGGGACCAAAUGCCAAGAAGAGGCAGGCAGUAGCUGGGGGCACCAACAAUAGUGGAUAUGACGAUGACCAGGGAGGAUACAUCCAUGUACCUCAUGACCACCUUGCCUAUCGCUACGAGUUCCUCAAGGUGAUCGGCAAAGGUAGUUUCGGACAAGUGGCGAAAGUUUAUGACCACAAGUUACAGCAGCACCUCGCCUUGAAGAUGGUGCGCAACGAGAAGCGCUUCCACCGGCAAGCUGCUGAGGAGAUCCGAAUUCUGGAGCACCUGAAGAAGCAAGACAAGACAGGCAGCAUGAACGUAGUCCACAUGUUGGAGAAUUUCACCUUUCGCAAUCACAUAUGUAUGACAUUUGAGCUGCUUAGCAUGAACCUGUACGAGCUCAUCAAACGCAACAAGUUUCAGGGUUUCAGUCUCCCGCUGGUACGCAAGUUUGCACACUCUAUUCUCCAAUGCCUGGAAGCACUCCAUCGCCAUAAGAUCAUCCACUGUGACCUGAAACCAGAGAAUAUCUUACUGAAGCAGCAAGGCAGGAGUGGGAUCAAGGUCAUUGACUUCGGCUCCAGCUGUUUCGAUCACCAGCGUGUCUACACGUACAUCCAAUCCCGCUUCUACCGUGCACCCGAAGUCAUCUUGGGAUUGCGAUAUGGUAUGCCUAUAGACAUGUGGAGCUUUGGUUGCAUUCUGGCAGAGCUGCUUACCGGAUACCCUCUGUUUCCUGGUGAAGAUGAAGGUGACCAGCUGGCCUGCAUGAUGGAGCUACUGGGUAUACCACCUCAGAAACUGCUGGAACAAGCCAAGCGUGCCAAGAACUUUAUCAGCUCCAAAGGCCACCCACGCUACUGCACGGUCAGCACACUUAGUAAUGGCACCAUAGUCCUCAAUGGGAGCCGUUCUCGCCGAGGAAAAUUGCGAGGUCCCCCAGGAAGCAAGGAGUGGGGGUCGGCCCUCAAAGGCUGUGAUGAUGCCACGUUCAUUGACUUUCUGAAGAAGUGUCUGGAUUGGGACCCUAGUACUCGAAUGACACCAGUUCAGGCCUUAAGGCACCCCUGGCUCUACAAGAGACUGCCUAAGCCUGCACCUGGUGGCGAGAAGUCCAUGGUGCCCAAACGGAUCACGGAGCACAGCACCUCUUUCCCUACUAUCAUAUCCAAGGUACCCACUGUCAUGGGCUCAACCAACAACAAACUGCGGACCACCAUGAUGGGGGACUCCACUGGAAGUAUACCUUUUCGCACAGUGCUGCCGAAGCUUGUUUCAUAGAGAUUCCUUAGCUUUUCAGGGAUAAAGGCAUAUGUAGCAGUUUUAGAAGUGGAUUUUUUUUUCUUUGUUUUGGUUGGUUUUUCUAAAUGAGUGUCAAAACUCACAGUUUCAAUUUAUAAUGAAAUAUAACAAGCAAAAACAAUUUUAUACAACUAUACUGUGUUUUUAUCAAAUGGCCUCAGAGUGUAAAAUUCAAAGUUGACAUCAGGGCUGUUUUUUUACACCUUGGUCUUGAAUUGAGUGCUGUUUAUUGGAGUGGGUGAAAUUUUGAUGCUGACUGCUCAUCCUGUCCUUUCUAAAGUUUACAGGCUGUUUUGCGUGUUUGUUACUCCUAGUAUACUUUUUAAGGGUUUAGAGUGAAUUUUUGCAUUUUUAGGUCAAACAUCUGACUAAUCUUCAUUUAAAACCAAUUUAAAAUGUCUGUUUGGUGUUCUAAAGCCCAUGUUAUCAUCUUAAAAAUGAUCUUGAUCUAAUUCAGAUGAGCACAUUUCUUAUUUUAACAGUAUCCUCCACAGUAACUUGCAUCGCAUCCCAGUGAGAGGUCAAACUCUAAGCUAUUUCUGUCCACAACUGUUUAUUUUUUGAGAAGCUGUUGCUUUGGAUAAGUUACGCUAGAACACGAUGAAGAAAGUUAUACAGUAUUUGGUUGUAAGUAGUAGAGUAAUGCAGGUCACAAUGCUGUCUGAUGGCCAUGGCCAUUCCUGGGCACUAUUUAAGUGUCGUAGGAGCGUGUUUUUAUCAGUGCUUUUUUCAAAGAUAUUGGUCAAGUUUCACUUGAAGGCAACAGGCAGUAUCACGUGUUUGGCUGUACAUGGCGGUAUGUAUUUCCCCGAAGCUGCUGGUGGGGGAAGGGAAAUGUUGGCAGUAUUUUCAAUAACAGUGUGCUGUUUGCACUGAUUGAUGAUGGAUACCAAACAGCUAGUGUAAGGACUUCAUAAACAUAUUCAAAUUACUAGCUAACAAAAGGUUGAUGACAUGCAUCCUUCGGGAUUCUGUUUGUCCUAUGAACUUCUCUCUUGUCCAGUAAUUUUUCAUGUUUAAUUUUUGUUUUGUUUGCAACUACAGCAACUAUUCUUGUCAUUCAUACUGUGAGAGAAGAUAUGAAAAAAGCAACAUGACUA